AUGAAAAAUGCCAACUGCAUGUUUUUUAAAGUGUCAACCAAGACAGGUAAAAGCACCUCUAAGGGGAAGGUCACUAAAGUGAAAGAUACAGCACGUACAUGUAUUGGUGAAGAAAAACCUGGAAAAGAAAAGACAGAGAAAAAGAAAACAGACAAAGAGGAGGUCAUCAAGGAAAGGAAAGAACAAGAAAAUGGCAGAAUGGCGACUAUGACUAAAUGUGCAUCCUUCAUACUGGACACAAUAGCAUGCUCCCAAACAGUCAGUACUAACAAUGAAGUUCAAGUAGCAAGUAACAAGCACGCUGAAAUUUCUACAAUGCAUGGUGACACUCACAGUGACCAAUCAGUUUCUUACAGUCAGACUCACUUGCAUGCUGACAGGAACAUAAUGCAUGAUACAUGUAAACAGCAAGCCUCCCCUUUAACUGCAUCCCCUGUUUCGAUUCCACCUCAAACAGACUACCUUAACAGUAUCCAUUUACCGCAACCAAUGUAUCCCCCAUUCUCGUUUAUGCCUUCUCCGCAUGCAUACUCCCAAAGACCGUAUUGCUUGCAUCUUGAUAAUCAAUACCCCUUUCAAGAGUCUUACUCUUUCUACAAUAACAUCCGUUCCUUUGUAAGUUCCUUGCCUCCAUUUCCCACCAAUCGUAUAUCUUCCCCUAAACAGACGCCAAACCCUGAAGCUACUGCUCCAUCAACCAAACAACUGAACCCAGGCAGCUUAAUUAAAGACAGCUUGUCUGUGGCAGAAUAUGACACAUAUGGCACCUGCCAGAAGUGUGUCCUGAAAGACACACAGUUAGAGUCCUUGACUGAGGCUUAUGAAAAGGCACAAACUGACAUUCAAGCCCUUUAUCAGCGAAGGGAGUUGGAGGGGGAAAUAAGUUGGUGAUAAUAAGUUAGUUCAUUGUGUCUAUAAAAGUUUUGUUGAACUAGAAUAUUAAAAAUUAAUGUAAUUUGGCGACCUCCAGCUUUAAUAUUUUUGGAUGAAUACCAAAGAGAGAUCUGUAUUUUAAAAAACAGGCUGGCUGACUUUAAGGCUGAAAAAUCAUCAAAUGAAACAAAAUUGUCAGUCCUUUGUACUGACAGCUUUCGCAAAGUCU